AUGGGCGGGAUGGCUAACAAAACUCUACCAGAGAAAAGGGAAAGGGAAUCGUUGCUGGUUGCCUCGCUGGCCUUGCUGGAUCCUUCCGAUGAAGAACUUCUCGUUCAAACUUUGCAAGAUUCAGUCGGAACUCAACCUCGGGUGCAAAUAUGGCAUCCUCCCAAAGUUGGUUUGCCGCAGCCAUUCUACGAAAAUAAAGGACGAUGGGAUAGCAAGGCCAAUAUUUAUGGCUUGGCGGUUCUGGCGCAUCGAGAUAGCAGAUCUGGCUUUCUUGUCGCAGAUAGACUGACCAAACGCCAACUAAAAUCCGAUCCAAGGCCGGGAGAGAGUUCGAUACUCUCGGUGGUGAUGGUGGGCAUUCGAUCGCCCUCGAGGAUGUCGAGAACGCGGAGCGGCCAUGCUGAAAGCGAAACAAGCGAGCACAUUCAUGUUAUUGCGAAGCGACAUACGAUCCAAGGAACAGACGCAGCGGCUAUUUCUAGUCUACUUGAGACAUUUGAGCUUUCUUAUACAUUUCUCGGGGGCAAUAGCAUCGAUAUCACGACUCGAUUAUGCGACUAUGGCCUCGAGCUUCAUGAUCCCGAUUAUGCAGUCUUGACCCCUGACACGGCGAUGAUUACGGGACGCGAGGAGUUCGAACGCGAGACGAAAGCCGCACUAUUAGACUCCACUCCCCUACCAGCCGAGCUAAUCGCUAGCAUCGUCUCACGUCUGGAUCAUCGGAGCCAUCUUGAUCUGGUUACCCCGGGAAUUCAGCCAGAGAAUCUUGUCAUCUUCCUCACUUUUCCCACAACGGAAGAAGAUAGAGAGUUGAUGCAGUCAACUAUACAGAGAGAGGUCUACAGAGGCUUGGAGCGAAGGACCAGAAGUCCUCUGAAGAGGAAGCGAGAAGAGAAACCCACGGAGAUCACAGUUCAAUUGAUUCCCUGGGAGCAGAAGUGUCGUGCGACGCGACGCGACUUGGAGUAUCACUGGAAAGAAACGCAUGAUCGUGUCAUCUGUCCUUUGAAUUACCUGCUCGCACCCAUUAAGCUUUCUCGCCUGCCCUUUGAUCUUGGAGAUGCCCAGUUUGGGUCAAUAUACCAUGGCAACGAUGGGUUUGUCCUGGUGGCCCGCACCACUCUCGACCAGAUGGUACAGACCAAGUUAAACCACUCGAAUGGUCGCCUUGGCAAGAUUGCACAACUGCAGGAGGAUUUUAAAAAGGGGACUUUGCUGGAGUCGAGUCAAGUGGAGUUUUUGGUUGGACCUGAUGAACCUUUUUAUUACAAUCCUCCCUUGUGGGAGCCGGUGAAUUGGGAAGGGUUAAUAUCAAUUGCCGUCUUCUACUUGACCAACAAGCUCUCGAAAGAUCAAAUUCUUGCGUUGAAGAGAGAGUUGCUCAAGGAUAAUCCACAACUCGACGGUGAAAAGGCGUGUUGCUUCGUACCCUGGGAAGACGGCAAUCAAAACGCACCCGACGGAAGUGUCGACGAUAUUUGGAGAAUCUUCUGGGAAAUGCGACGGUGCACCUCUUGUCAGAUGCCAAUCUUCUUCAUCGAUGAGCAAUCUGGCGUCGAUCAGACUAUCCUCAUGGUCGACACGGACCAUUAUAUUUGGCAACAGGAUGAUGAACGGGCGACUGAUCUGCUGAGAGACGUGGAAGAUCCUUCUACCAAAGGGCUUCUUUAUGGCCGUAUCAAAGGGCGCGAUGCCCAUGAGGGUCAUGUUAAUUUGAGCAUGGGGAAUUUGAACUUUGACGAGUUUUUGGAAUCUUGUGGAUUGGAUCAGGAACAUCGGUAUCCGAGACCUGGCUGGCCGGGUCAUGGCAUAUUGGAAAAUGAUGAAUGA